CCAUUUAUAGAAUUUGGAUUAGACGUGAAGGUAUGCAGUGUGACGAUGUUACAUGGAAUAUUCUCAACAAGGGAAUGUGCUCCUUUAAGACAAGGAUAAAAACGCAGAAGUUUUGUCGUAAUGAAUACAAUUUGACGGGUUUGUGUAAUCGAGCAUCAUGUCCGUUAGCUAACAGUCAGUAUGCUACUGUCCGGGAGGAGAAAGGUAUCUGUUAUCUAUAUAUGAAGGUAGUUGAAAGAAGUCACUAUCCACGAAGACUUUGGGAACGGAUCAAAUUAUCCCGAAAUAUGACUCAAGCUGUUAGACAAAUUGAUGAUGCAUUAUUGCACUGGUCUGAAUAUGUUAGACACAAAUGUAAAGCACGUCUAAUUCGCAUACAUCAGUAUUUGAUUAGGAUGAGGAAGCUGAAGCUCCGAGAAAGACAACAAAAGAUUAUUCCGAUACAGCGGAAGAUUGAAAGACGUGAAGUGAGGCGAGAAGAAAAGGCACUCAUAGCUGCCAAAUUGGAUACAGCUAUAGAAAAGGAGUUACUGAACCGUUUACGUGAGGGGACUUACGGCGAAAUCUAUAAUUUCAGGCAAGACGCAUUCAAUCGUGUACUUGAUGAGGAGGAGGAAGUGGAUGCAGAAUUCGAUCGUGAAGUUGAAAUUGAAGAGGUCAAUCAGGAUAACGGAGUUCGCGAAUACGUUGCUGAUUUCGAGGAAUCAUCUGAUGAAGAUGGUGAUGAAGAUAUAGAGGAUGCAGGAGUAAAUGCUCUUUGGAACGAGGAAGAGACCAGUGGUGAAGAUGAUAUGACUGAAAGUGAAGAUGAGGAAAGCCCCGUGGAAGACCAAGAAGAGGAAUCGAAUGGGGAAAAAGGAAAGGAACCGGUGAAUAUACAGAAAAAGAAACGAGUGAGGUGGAAGGAUCUGAAAGACAGGCAGCCAAAAUGUGAACCUGUGAAAAAGCGGUUACGGCAGGUACUCGAAAUCGAAUACGAAACCGAAGAACCGGUUAGGAGUAAACAAAAGCUGCGAAAUUCGUAAAGUUUCGUUGUCGUGGCAUUACAAUGUCUCCUGUGAAAUAAAUUUUUUGUUACAUGUUGUUCAGUUAUGACCAUUUUCUUUUUAAUUUUGGUGCUGUCUGUAGUUAGACCAUCUUUCAUUGUCGACAAUUUGUUGAUGAAGGAUAACACAAUUACGAACCAAGUUUA